AUGGUUUCUCUACAAUUUGUGCCCCGUUUCGUGCUUGUUGGUGCGCUUUUACACCUGCUUGCUGAACCUGCCGACGCCAAAGAUCACAACUACAUUUUCGAUGCGUCCGAGCUUGGCUGCCCUGGGAAUGUGACGCACGGACCGAUCACGCUUACCGCGUACCAUCCAGUGUUCGACUCGGACCGAAAGCGUGACUACCUGGACGCACAGAAUCGGAAGUUGUAUACGCUGCAGGAAUAUCUGGACAAUCGGGCACCGUACGUGACGGUUGGGAUGGAUCCGGACCUAAAGCUACCGUACGGGAAGGAGGUCUGCAUACCCGAGCUGAACCGCCAUUUUCGACGCGCUGUCAGAUUGCAGGUGCGUGACACACACGAGGAUCUGCGCAGCGGUGCCUUCCGCCGGGUAGACAUCUGCGUACGCACACAAGAGGAUAGUUAUGAUGACAUCGUUAACUUGCUGCAAGCGACACUCGUACUGUAA